AUGGCCUUUGGAGAACUUCUACGCUAUGUCGGCGACAGUGGGAGGUUUCAGAUUUUGAAUGCGAUCGUGUCCAUACUUUUAGUUUUGAUCACAUCUCCUCCUGACUACAUGGAGAAUUUUACAGCAGCAAUCCCAUCUCACCGUUGCUAUGUACAACUCCUUGACAACCUCACAUCUGAAGCCAGCAUCCCUGCAAACCUUACUACUGAAGCGCUACUGAGAGUAUCCAUCCCAAUGGACCCAAGUCAGAAACCAGAGAAAUGCCAUCGGUUCCGCCAGACACAGUGGCAACUCUUACAUCUUAAUGUGUCAGACAUCAAUAACACCCAGCUGGAGACGGAGCCGUGCCUGGAAGGAUGGAUAUACGACCAAAGUGUUUUCAGUUCUACCAUCAUGACGGAGUGGAAUUUAGUGUGCAAAUUUCAGUCAUUCAAAACCUUUGCCCAGGCCAUCUACAUGGCAGGGUAUGUGGUGGGUACUCCUCUAUUUAGCAUGCUUUCUGACAGGUUUGGACGGAAGCCACUGCUGCUCUUUUGUUGCCUGAUGUGUGGCAUCUCGGGCACCUGCUGUGCGUUUGCCCCCGUGUUUUCCAUUUACUGUGUUUUGAGGUUUUUGUGUUCUGCCUGCUUGGGUUCACUUCAAAUAAAUUGCAUCGUGCUUGUUUUAGAAGAGACUUCAUCCAAAUGGCAUUCCACAAUUCUCACAGCCUAUGGAAUCUCGCUUAGUCUGGGGCAGGCAUUGCUUGGAGUAAUAGCUUAUGCUAUCCGUGACUGGCACAUGCUUCAGCUGGCGUUAUCCGUGCCUUUCCUCAUUCUCUCUCUCUUUUUGUGCAUGGUAUCAGAGUCCGUGCGUUGGCUCAUUGUAACUGGAAAAACAGAACAGGCCUUAAAAGAACUUAAGAAAAUUGCCUAUAUUAAUGGAAAAAAAGACGUGGCGCAAAGCUUGACUGCUGAGAUUUUGACACUGAAAAUGAAGGAAGAACUGAAUAUAAAGAAAAAACAUUUCAAAAUGAAAGAGGUCAUUUUUCACCCUACUUUGUGUAGGACAUUGCUUUUCGGAUCCUUUCUAGGGUUUUCAUCACUUUUCAGUACAUAUGGCCUCAUGUUGGACAUUAAGAACUUGGGGAAGGACAUAUUCCUGUCUCAGUUUCUACUUGGGAUGAUUGACAUGCCCGCCAGAUUUCUUACAUUGUUUGUGCUAAGACAUGUUGGUCGUCGCCCUUCAAUAGCUUUUUCGUUUCUUGUGUCUGGAAUUGGUAUUAUAGUCAACAUAUUUGUGUCCAAAGAUAUGUCCACUUUACGUCUCAUUAUUUUUAUACUGAUAAAAGCAUCUCUUGCAUCCUUCUUAGUUAUAUAUAUGGCUUUCUGCAAUGAAAUUACACCAACAACACACAGACUGAGUCUACAGAGCAUUUUUGGGAUUGCUUCAAAAUUAGCAGGCACAUGUUCCGCCUUAGUCCUUGCAACAGAAAGUUACUUUGUGCACCUGCCUAUGAUUCUUUAUGGGAUCUUCCCCAUAGCAGCUGCAGGAUGUGUCUACUUACUCCCAGAGACCUUUAAGCUCCCACUUCCUGACACCAUCGAAGACUUAGAGAAAAGGGACAGGUUUAGGAACAAGGGCACCAGGAAGAAACACAAAAACGUUCUGUAUGAAACUACUGAGUGCUAA